UGCUCGUCAUUCCCAAGUCCCGCUAAAUCGCAUCUCAGCUCCUUAUUCCACCCGACAUGCGGGCCCACGCUCUUUUCCUUUCCCUCCUUCCCCUGGUCCCGUUCGUGACCUCCAGAUCGACGGCCUCAACAUCGGACAUCCUCCCGGCGAACUUCCAGCCGCCACAGGUAUGGGUGAACGCGAACCAAGUGCGGACCAUUAAUUUGGAGAAGUCAUACCCGCGGGAGGCAAUCAAUACGGUCAUUGAGAAUGUCUCGGACGACCCUCAGACGGAGUAUUACUUGCCGUUUGCUGGGGAUGUGAUAGCGAACGUAGGCGGACUGCAGGUGAAGGACAAGAAGGAUCCAUUGAAGGAAGGAUUCAGCGCUGAACUGGUGGAACUGGACUCGGAAAGCUCCACGCAAUACUACCGCCUGACGCUCCCUCCCGUCGCCCCCAAGUCCUCUCUCACUCUCUCCAUAACCUACACCCUUCUCUCCACCCUCUCCCCUCUCCCCGCCAAAAUCCCCCAAGCAUCCCCCCAGCACCUCACCUACUCUCUCAGCGCCUACAUCCCCUCCGCCUACCCCACCACCAAGCAGCGCACCCGUCUCCGGUUCCCCUCCACCCGCGUCCCCGACUUCACCACCGUCCCUCGCCCCGCCACCGCCGACACCCCCGAAGCCCUCGACCCCGACCGCCAAGGCCCCACCUUCACCUACGGCCCCUAUCCGCCCCUCCCUGCCGGCGCCGCCCACCCCAUCACGGUGCGCUACGAAUUCACCAAGCCCAUCCCCUCUGUCUCGCUCCUCGAGCGCGAUCUCGAGGUCUCCCACUGGGGCGGCAACCUGGCGACCGAGGAGCGCUACUGGCUGGAGAACCACGCGGCGGCGCUGCGAGAGCAGUUUUCGCGGCUGGAGUAUCAGAAGGAGGGAUAUUCGACGACGGCGCAGUCGUCGGCGCUGAAGGAGGUGCGGCGGCCGCUGGCGCCGGGGGCGGGGAACCCGUACUUUACGGAUGCGAUUGGGAAUAUCUCGACGAGUCGGUUCCGGCCGGGGGAUGUGGUGGCUAAGCGGGACGCGAGCUGGGAAUUGAAGCCGCGGUUUCCGGUGUAUGGGGGGUGGAAGUAUGCGUUUAAGAUUGGCUGGGAUGCGGAUCUCAGUGCGUAUAUAAGGCGAAUCGCGAGCGGGUCGGACCAUUUUGUGCUGAAGGUGCCAUUCCUUGAGGGGUUGAAAUUGGACGAAGGAUUGCAGUACAAGAGGGCGGUGGUCCGAGUUAUCCUGCCAGAAGGAGCAAGGGACAUUAACUUUGCGACGGCUGUCCCACUUGCAAACGACGAGAUCACCAUUCACAAGACUUUUAUGGACACGCUCGGAAGACCAACGCUGCAGCUGACCGCGGUGAAUAUCGUAGAUGAGUGGAGGGACAAGGACUUGAUUGUCACGUACACCUAUCCCUGGACCGCCGGCUACCGCAAACCGUUGACGAUCGCGGCGGCCAUGAUCAGCGUGUUCAUCACGGUGUGGAUCGUCGGUAGUCUGGACGUCAGCAUUGGGCGGAAAACAAAAUAAGGUCGAGAGGAUUGGCCCGGAAAGGUCUUGUGUUGAGUUAGUUCCACCACUACGUCCUGGAAGGAUAGGAUGUGAGCAGCGAAAACCAUACAUUUUCAAAAUGGGUCAGGGAAGGGCGUGCGAGCAAGUUUUGUUAUCUGUACAUUUGGUGG